AUGUACGGCGGCGCCGGCGGCAGGCGCCGGCCGCACGAGGGCGGCGGCGGUUACGGCGGCGGGCGGCGCCCGUUCGACGGCCGCGGCCGAGGAGGCCGCGGCGGAGGCCGCGGCGGUGGAGGCCGCGGCCGCGGUCGAGGCGAGCUGAUACCGAUCGACAACCACGAUAUUGUCGGCACGGAGGAGCGGCAGCUGUCCACGGUGGAGCCGGGCGGGUCGCUCGAAGAUCGACUCUCGGCGCUCACCGUCGGCGGCGGAUGGAUCGAGCCGCGGGGUCCGUCUUUGGGGGUGCCUUAUAGAGAAGCGCCGGUGGCUACGAACGUCUGGCGCCUCGUACCGGCGCCCGGCGCCGCCACGGACACGAUCUGGGUUUAUCACGUCCGGCACCUGAAGAAGGAGUUCGUGGCCGACGGCGACGCCGCGCCGGCCGCGCCGGACGCCGCGCCGGCGCCCCCGCCCCCGGUGGUCGCCGCGCCCGCGGGCGCGGGCGCCCGGCCCGAGGAGGUCCUCGCCGAUGGCACGCGCAAGCCCUCCGAGACGCAGAAGCGGCGGACGCUCGAGGCGAUGCGCGCCGUGGGCGAACAGGCGCGCGUCCAGGUCUUCUCGGACGGCGCGCGGAUGCUCUACGCGUGCGGGCGGCUCGAGCCGCACAUGUCCGCGUCGGGCGUCGUGGUCGCGCCCGUGGCCGGCAAGCCGUGGCGCCGGUGGCGCGUGCAGCUGCAGGCGGCCACCACCAUCGACGUGGCCGAGGCGCUCCGGAGCACCGCCGUCGACGUGGCGCGGACGGCGAGCGGCGAGCUCGUGGACGCCUGCACGGGCGAGCGGCACCACUUCUCGACCAUCAUCGACCUCGCGAUCAAGGCGCACAUGACGCAGAACGGGUACUGGGACCUCGGCAGCGGCACGUACCUGGUCCAGGGCGAGCCGGUGCGCUGCCGGGAGGGCGGCCUGGACAUCCUCCUCGGCGUCGACGUGGGGGUGCGCAACUGCGAGGCGGGCAUGUGCCUCGCGGUCGACCUCGUGGCGAAGGCAGCGGUGCGCACGCCGGGCGCUCUCUCCACCGUCGCGGACCUGAUCAUCGCGCUCUUCGGCGAGCGGGGCCCGCGCUCGCCGAAAGACGUAGAGAAGCUCAAGCAGCUGCUGCACCGCAAGAACGUCACGAUCCUGCGGAAGGACUUCGGCGGGGCCGACGAGUUCGCGGAGAUCUCGCGCAAGAACUUCAAGGACAAGGGCCGCCUCGUCGCCACGUCGGCCAGCGACAUGACCUUCGAGCGCAACGGCGAGACCAUCUCCAUCGCCACGUACCAGGAGCGCAAGGGCCACCCGUUACGGUUUCCGCACCACCCCGUCAUCCGCAUCGACGCGGGCCUCGAGUACGUAGAGGUCAUGGGCGAGGACGGCCUUAAGCGGCGCCAGCCCAAGCGCGACGCUGACGGCAAGAAGAUCGAGAAGGUCAUCUACAUCCCGGCCGAGCGCCUGCGGCUCGAGGAGGGCCAGCACGCGCGCGGCAUCAACAUGGCCGACGAAAUCAUCAGGUUGCUCUCCGUGCGGCCUUCCGCGCGACACGGGCAGAUCGUCGACCACGUCGCGCGGAGCCGCAUCACGUCGUCGCCGGCCCUCGCGGCGAUCGGGCUCCAGCUCGCGCCGCGAUCGCUCGCCGUCGUCGCCAAGAUUUUUCCGGCGCCGCUUCUCUUCGCGCGGAACCGAGGACGCGUCCUCCAGCUCGGGGGGCACAAGCUCGGCGAGUGGAGACAAGAGAACCAGGUCUUCCGCGUCGCGGCGCCCGAGCACCGGAACGUCCUGGUCCUCGACAUGGGCGGCGGCCGCGCGUCGCCCGACGCCGUCAGGAACUACGUGGACGAACUCCGCCGCGCGUGCAGGGACAUCGACAUCCAGCUCGGCGACCCGUUCGACCCGUCGGGGCGGGGCGGCCCCGGCCCGGUGUUGGUGGCGGUCGUCCGGCCGGAUUCCUCUGUUGGCGACGUGACCCACGAGGUGUAUGGAGCCUGCCAGCGCUGCGGCGUCGCCAAGCCGGACCUCGUACUGGCCGUCAUCAAGAAAACCCAGGCGUCCCUGAGCGAGAACGACUACGGUGUGAUCAAGCGGUUCCAGCACCAGACGGGCGUCAUGACGUCGUGCGUCACCGUCGAGUCGCUGAAGACGGCGGGAUCAGCGCGGUACCGGGACAUCGUCCGCGCGAUCGCCGCCAAGAUCAACGCCAAGUUCGGCGGCGUGAACCGGGCCGUCGUCUCCGCGGAGUCCGCGAGGCCGAACGGCGAGCCGCCGGUGGACUUCCACCCGUGGACGGGCGCGGCGCCGACGGCCCUCGUCGCCGUGCACGUCACGCUCGCCGGCGCCUACGACUCGGCGAUCCCCUCGAUGGUCACGGCGGCCUGCACCGUCGACAAACUCAUGUCGCAGUUCCGGUUCGCGUCGCGCGUCGCGCCCCUGGACGCGCGCCUGGACGAGCACCUCGCGGAUGUGAUCGGCCUCGCCGUCUGCGACGUGCUAAGCCAGUUCGCAGAAAUUAAUGGUCCACCGCAGCUCGUCGUCGCGUUCCGCACGGGCGCGUUCGCGGGCGAGGACCAUCGCCGGAUGCUGGAGCUCGAGCCGGCGGCGAUCAAGCGUCGGAUCCGCGAGAAAGCGUCCGCGCAUUUCGACGGCGAGGUGCAUCUGACCUACUGCCCGAUGACCAAGAGCCGGGUCCGCGUCUUCCCGAGCCGCGAGUCGGGCACCGACAACGACCGCUCCAUGAACGUGCCGCCGUCGCUCUUCGUCGACUCGGGCCUGACGCACCCGACGGCGCACGAGUUCUUCGUGAACACGUACGCCGGGAUCCAGGGCUGCAACAACCUGCAGCACUGCCGCGUCAUCCUCAACGAGGCCCAGUGCCCGCCCGACGUCCUCAUGAGCAUCGUCGCGGCGCUCGCGUACGCCUACCCGAAGGCCAACCGCGCGGUCAAGCUGCCCGCCCUCUCCUACAUGGCGUCGCUGGUCUGCGACGCGAAGCGCCUGGUCAUCAAGAACGGUGAGGAGGCGCCGGGGGUCGGCGACGACUUCCCGUUCCACCCCGCCCUAUUGGACGGCAAGCUCCCGUUCAUGUGAAAUAAGAAGC